AUGCAUAAGCUUUAUGGCACCUUCAGGGUGGUCCUUAGUUGGUAUCAAGCCUCCUUUUCCAGCAGCGACUGUAAGAGUUUGGGUUUCCACGGUUGGGGCCAUUUGACCUUUGUCACUGUGUCGACGAUAUCUCGGCAUAGUGAGAAGGUGCAUAUAGAAGUAUCUGCCCAGUCCAAAUCUACACUAUCCAUCAACCACUUGAUCAGAGAUCGGAGAACCAUAUUCUCACAACGCUGCAUUAUCCAAUGGACAUGUGGAACAUAUCGUGAAAAUGAAUUGUGGCUGUAUGGUUUAUUGCCAAAUACAAAGACGUCUUUAAAUCUCUCAGUGUUCAAAAAUGCGAGCUACAUCGCGACAUUGGCGCCUAAGCUAAGUCCUAAAACGAGUUUCUCCCCAUCAGUAGCAUGCCUUGUGACUAGCCUUGCUAUCAGUGAGGCAGCAUUAUCGACCAAGAAGAGCUUUACGAAGCGAGACUCCUCGUGGCCUGGCAUGUCAAGAAUGAGUAAAUUUUAG